AUGGAUGGGAAGAAAUGCAGCGUUUGGAUGUUUUUACCUCUUGUGUUUACCCUGUUUACAUCAGCUGGAUUGUGGAUAGUGUACUUUAUAGCAGUGGAAGAUAACAAAAUUCUCCCAUUAAAUGAACCAGAUAGGAAACCUGGUUCCAAAAGACCACCUUAUAUAAGUGUUGCAGGUGAUGCACCUCCUGCAAGCUGUGUGUUUAGCCAAGUCAUGAACAUGGCAGCUUUUCUAGCGCUGGUCGUGGCUGUCCUGCGCUUCAUUCAGAUGAAGCCCAAGGUGCUAAACCCUUGGCUAAACAUUGGUGGCCUGGUGGCAUUAUGCUUGGCCUCUUUUGGGAUGACCCUACUCGGCAACUUUCAGCUUUCCAUUGAUGAGGAGAUCCACAACGUGGGCACGUCGCUGACGUUUGGCUUUGGGACCUUGGCCUGCUGGAUCCAGUCUGCCCUCACCCUCAAGAUCAACCUGAAGAAUGAGGGACGGAAAGUUGGGAUUCCACGAGUCGCCUUGUCAGCCAGCAUCACUCUCUGUGUGGUGCUCUAUUUCAUCCUUAUGGCACAGGGCAUCCACAUGCAUGCUUCUAGGAUCCAGUGGGGCUUGGUGAUGUGCUUCCUGUGCUACUUUGGCACCUUUGCAGUGGAGUUCAGGCACUACAGGUUUGAGAUCGUUUGCUCUGAGUACCAGGAAAACUUUCUGAGCUUUUCCGAAAGCUUAUCGGAAGCCUCCGAGUACCAGACAGAUCAGGUGUAGCCUUUCCUCUGGCAGGGGGGAGGGGGGCAGGUGUGGUCUCAUGGGUUAAACAUGACCUCAU